AAAAAACUUUGAACUUGCUCCAAAGGAAACUCACCAAAUUGUAAAAGAAAGGAGGAGACGACGAGAAAAAGGAAUCUUCUUCACGGCACAAAGUUUCUUCAAUUCAAUCAAAUCAAUGGAAUUUCCUCCGCCGCCGCCGGAGAGAUCCAAACGCCUCCACAACUUCACCUUACCUUAUCUCCGAUGGGGUCAGCAGAGAUUCCUCCGCUGCGUCAAGCUCCCUCACCAUCGAUCUCCUUCUUCAUUUCCUUCUUCUUCUUCCUCUCCUUCUCCCGAUCAUAGAUCUCCCGGCGUUACUGGAGGAGGAGUGGUUAUCUCCGGAGGUGAGUUUGCUCCCGGAGACGGCAAGCUAAGGCUCGAUCUCAAGGUUUCGGUUUUGGGAAAUGGAGGAGGAGAAGCAAGGAACGGCGAUGAAGUCGCCGUCGCGGCAGCUCGGCCGUGGAAUCUGAGGACGAGGAGAGCUGCUUGUAACGAGCCGGGAGAUGAACCGGCGAGGAUCGCCGAGUCUUCUCUCCGGAGACAUGAGAUUGGCGUCAAGAGAGGUAGCGAAGAUGGUGGUGAUGGAGAUUCGAACAAGAACGAGAAAGUUAAAUUCUCUGUUUCUUUGUUGAGAGAAGAAAUCGAAGAGGAUUUCACAGCCCUAAUUGGGAAAAGACCUCCUCGAAGACCAAAGAAGAGGCCAAGGAUGGUUCAGAAGCAAAUGAAUACUCUUUUUCCCGGAUUGUGGUUAGCAGAAGAAGUAACGGCAGGCUCUUACGAUGUCCCCGAGGCUGCGGAAACAUGAAAGGUGAUUCUCGUCCAAGAAAUUGUAUUCGACUUUGUUUUCUCUCUUCUUGUUUUCUACUUUUGAAUCUUUCCGUUGUAAAAAGGAAGAAAGAAUGUAGCAAUGUGCCCAGUUUUAGUGAAAUGAAGCCAUUUUACUUUGGUUUCUUAA